AUGAGCUCACAAGAAGCGAGUCCUAAGUCAUUACCCUCAGCUAAGGAAGACCUACUACCGCCACGUCCAACAGCCGUCGGACCUAAGAUACCCGGCACGGGAAAUCUAGUCGUAGUUUGGCAGCUAGAGGGACCGCCAGAAGAGGACCUCAGCCUUCGCAAGAUUGCCUUCGAACCCGCUAAGGACGCUAAAGUGGUCACUGCCGUGCCGGAGGAUGUCCCUAUUGGCAUGAACACAGAGACGUGGAUGAGCAUGUCUAAUGGCAAGGACGGUAGCGUCGCUGGAACGAUAACGGCUGAUCUGGUAUCACAGUUGGGCUCUGUGGAGGCUCAGGUCUCGCUGGCUCUGUCAGCUGAAGAGAGACUACUUACCCUAGUUGACACUAGUCGAACUGAGCUGUCUUCAUCGUGUCGGGAAGAUGAGCCUCCUGUACGGGUGGUCAUCAAAGACGCAGUGUUCGUUGUAGCUCUCGUGCAAGCCCAGGAGGGGGUAUCCAGUAUAAUUGAGGCCCGCGUGACCCUCAUUGGAAGACUGCCCAAAGUGGUCGGCCUUGACGGCGUCGAUGGUGAUGCGCCACACGUGGCUCUGCGUUAUGGGCGGGAGUGUGGCCCGAUACGGUUGAUCGUGAAGGUUGGUGACCGAGACCUAUCUUCAGAAGACGAUGGUGUCACCAGCCGUGUCACACCUGCAUUGCCGCCGGGAAUAGAACUGGAGAAACGGGGUUGCGUCUUACGCGGCGUACCACGGCUUUCCGGGCGAAGUCAGCAUAGCAUCGUUGUUACAACCGCGGUGGGAGAAAGCGAACCCUUCCGGAUUGCCAUUGAGGUCAACAUAGAAGAGAGCGACAUGACAAGACUCCGAUGGGCCGCGGCUGAAGGUGGCUUGGGUAUUGCAGCCAUUACAGACAGGAUUUCCAAGGGAUCUCCCCAGCGAGCAUCUGAGAUAUAUCGCCAUUUCGCAUACACCCUCCCUGAGCACCAGCAGCGGCAGAGGGAGUUCUGGGCUCGGGAGAAGCGAGACGUUAUUGUGGUAGACGCAAGCAUGUCGGGCAAGCUACAAGAGAUCAUUGAUGAUCCACACCACAGUGAUGGUGAUACGACAACCAGAGUGCUACAGUUGAUACCAGGAACCUAUACUCUACCGGAAGGCAUGCUCAGGUUGGGCGAUACGCCUGACUAUUGUGUGGGUUUGUCAGACUACGCCGACGCAGAGUCAUCAUUCAAGGCCUCUGCCGACACGGCGUGA